GAUGGGCGGCAAACUAAAAUUAAAGCUCUUCCGAUGGUAAUUAAAAUAAUAAAAGUUCCGAUCGAGCAGAAAAAUAUUCAGGCUGCUAAAGAAACGGAAACAGAACCAGAACUAGAACUGGAACCGGAAUAUAUAAAUGAAGAAUCACUAGAGUAUGAAAGAUGUGAAGAAAGUGUGAUGUCGGAAGCUGUUGAAAAAAUAGAGAAACUUGAGAAAGUUGAGAAAGUUGAGAAAAAGAAGAAGAAGAAGGUUGAAAUUGUAUGGGUUAAUAAGAAAAAAAAUAACAGGCAGAUAAUGUAUAAGCAGUGCGAGUGGUGCAGGAAGUCAUGCAUUUCACUGAUAAACCACUACAGAGAAUGCGAGAAGAAGAAAGAAGCUGAGAGCCAAAUGGAAGAGGAUUCGGAGGAUGAAAAUGUUAAGUGGAUUGAAAAGAAAGCUGCGCAAUCGCAGUCGGACUCUGAUGAUGAGGGCAUUAGAAGAAGCAAGAAGAAAUUUAUUUGCAAUAUUUGCUGCUAUGAUUCGGAGAGUAAAAACAAUUUUUGGAGACAUUUGCAGUCGCCGAGACACAGGCGUAAUUGUCAGAAUAAAAAACGACAAGCCCAAGCUGUUAGACAGAAGAAAUCUGAGCAAGAUGUGGUAGCUGUGGGAAAAAAUGUUCAAAAAGUCGAAGUGCUGAACACUGCGGAUAACGAGGUUAUCCCGACGGUGAAGGUCAAUGAUAAAGUAUAUUUGAUAUUAAAAAAAAAGGAAACUUGAGAUGAAAAUUCAAAGCAGAAAUUUAUUUCGAUAAUUUAGUUAACGAAAUUUGAAUUAUUUUUAAGAUUCACAAAAUUGUAAAUGUUAUUUUGAUAAUAAAAAUUGAGAAUUAAAAUAAUUGAGGGUUUUAUAAAGUAAUUUUGUUUUAGAGGAGACUUGGAUAGAGUGAGUUUUGUAUUUUCUGAGUGUAGUGGCUUUGCUAUAAAUAAAAAAUAAAUAAA